AUGGCAAAUUACCGAUCAUCCACCCAUCCAAUCGCAGCUGAUUUUUCAGCCGUUUUACAAAGAAAUUUCGACCAGUUAAACUCUCUUCCUUCAUUCAACGUCGAUUUUAUCGAUGAAGAUGAAGAUUGGUAUUUACAUUGCUUCCUAAAAGAACAGCAACGCAAUGGACAUUCAUUCGAAAUAACGCUCUCAGCGUUGAGCUCAAUCGUUGGCACAUUAUCCGAAUAUUCCUCUUUCGUCAAUCCGAUCAACAAUACAAUGGGAUAUCUCAAUCAGAACCAUCAUAUUAUUGGAGAGAGUGCCUCGAACAAAAGUUCCAUUUGUAAUGAAAUUGGGCUGGCAUUACACAAUGUGACCGAACUGUUCCCUGGAAAGUAUUCGUCUUCAAACCAAUAUUCCGAUGAAAAUGCAAACAUCGUUACGAAUGGUAAUCAGAACCAACCAAAAAGCAAAACAAAAUCAAAUGAAAUGGAUUACAACUUGGUUCUAUCAAAUGUUACAGAAGUGGGGCUGGUGAUGAACCUAUCGAAAAUCAAUACCUUAUUGCUGCAUGGAGAUGGUGAUGUGGCAUUACAAAAACUUGGUUAUUAUGAACAGGGAAAGAAUGAAACAGCCGCUGGUAUCAGUCUUUUUUGUGAGGCGAGUGAUGGAAUACGAUCUGGUUUUAUACGUGGCACCGGCGUUUCCAGCAUUAAAAUCGGCCGACCAGUAGCGCUUAUGAGCACAUUUAUUGCUAGUACCGGCACAAAAAUGGCACCAAUGCUACAACGUUUACAUGAAACACCUUUUCAAGAUGGCGUGUUUGGGCGAAUGUUUUAUACCUGGUGUGAAAGUGUCACUGAUUUACCGAAAGCACGGUCCUCGUCUUAUACAAAUAUAGCCUCAUUCUCUCAUUUUGCAUAUGCUGUCGCUUGUCUCUUCGAACACGUUCUUCAAUUUCGUUAUUCUGCUCAUCCAAAUGAUUUCAGUGAUGCAAAUGAAGAACGUUUGGAUUAUGAAGAACGCUUGGUCCUUGAAAGAGAAAAACAAGGAGUUGACACGCCAGUGACGUAUUCUAAUAUUUUAAACCACAAAGAUACUCGAUCUGAUCGUGCUGAUGGAAAUGAAAACAUGGAUGAGAAUAAUUCAUCUUUCAAACUUUUAAAAACCCUUCUUGAUGAUUGGUGGAAGUCUUCUAAUUCCAGUGAACGCCAUUUCAAAUCGAUUCGACGUAAAGUCAUCUUAAUGAUGUCCAAAUGCAUUUGGUCGAUGAAAAUUAUACGUAUUAUUUUUCAAUUGAUGAGCAAAAUAUUGAAAACGAUCGAUCAAAAACAAGGAGACCGAGCCGCAUCCAGUUCUGCUUCAAUGGAUUUAGCAUUUCAACAUGCUAUUCAGGCAUCGAUCAAGACGUAUUUGUUCGAUAACUGUCAACAAAUUGAAAGCAACAAAUGGAUUAUGUGGUCUGAUAAAACCGAUGUUAUUAUUGGCUACAACUGGUAUUUACGGAAGAUGCUGGUCACGGAAACGUUCUUAUCACUCAAAUCAUUACCUGAUAUCAUUGAAAAUCGGUUGGGACGAAGAACUGUUGAAAAAGACCAACACGAAAUCAAACUCGAGAAAGCUAUGGUCAAGGUUAUGAGUUUUUCAGUCGUCUUUUUCACACGCCGAUACAUGACGAGCAACAAGAACGGCGCUGGUUCCGGUCAAUUUUGUCAUAUACACGACUUAAAACCUGAUCAAAUCCUGUCUCCAUUGAUUGACAGUGGUUUGCUUAUCGGUGGGAGCUUUAUUAAAUGUGCACGACCUGGAAAUGAUGGUGUCAAAUAUGCAUCCUUUUGCAAACAACUACCUUCAGUGAUACAAACCAAUCCACGAAUAAGAAAAGCUUUUGAAGAUUUGGGUUUGAAUAUGACCGAUUAUGAAAACACAUUUCAACACCAACGGCUGCCAUUGAAUGCCGAAUUUACUGACGAAGCUAUUGAAUUUAUACGAGCUACUGAUGAUUUCGCUCAGUAUUAUCAUAAUUAUUAUAAAGAAGGUGCUCGUUUUCAAUCAUUUCGAACAAUGGUGGAUGAACGAAUUCGUCUUGGCCAAAUCGUGGACAUUCAAGAUAAAAUGCUUUCAAGCAGUCAAAUUUCAACAAAUCCUUCUCAAAAUGAUCCAGCUCAUGACAAUCCUAGUCAGCUAAACAUCAGCUCUUCGAGAAUUCCAAUUGUGAAAUUAAACUCUACAAAACCAACAGCAAAAACCAACAAUGUCGGAGCAAACUGCAAAAUUACAUCUUCCACAAUAAAAAUUCUAUCUGAUCGUCAGUCUCGAACAACUACUGAUGAAGUUGUCGAGAACCAUCUUCGAACGAAUAACGUUGAUAUCGUUGAUCGAAUUAUUCAAGAUCAACUCAUUGCAUCAUCAAGCAAUUCAAAUGAGAAUGCCGCUGUGUUUCCACAAUCAUCAGAACCAAACGGUCAUUCAAGUUCUUUUUAUCGCGAUGCUGUGGAUGAUUCUUCUCGUAAAGGUUCAGAUUUAACUUCCAUCGCAUCAGUGAAUGAUCGCCAACAUGAUGAGUCUUAUUCGAGCCCAUUCUUGUCGAAAACCACUUCGUUCUCGAUUGAUGAUCUUCCUGACCAACGUUCUGCUCUCUCAAUGACUACUGCUGUCUCUGAACAUAUCCUCGAUGAUCAACUCAUCGAUCCGGUGAUAAACUCGAAUGAAGAGAAUGGAUAUACAUCCAUUGAUUCGUCCAGAUCAGAUGACGAACGACCGUCGUCCCACGAAUCAGCAAUUUCGAUUGAUAAUUCAUUUGGCAAUGUUCCAAAUAACAUCGAUUCACAUCAAACACAUGUUGACAAUCUAUUGCUUAGUCCACAAUCAUUUGGUUCUGUUUGGAAAUCAAUCCUGAUUAAACGUCAGUUUCUACUUGGAACAUCGACUGAUUUAUUUCGUAUGAUUCCCUGCAAAUUAUUCGAUGAAAAAUCACGAUUCAAAGUGAUUGAUUUUCUCCUCCAUAAGAAGCUUUUAGUACAAGCCGAUUGGUUCUGUGAUUCGAAAGGAAAUUCAAUACAAGGUUACUUAAAAGGUAGUCCGGCUGAUCCUGAUGUAUCAAUGGCCUUAGCUGAUGUUGGUAUCGACAUCGAAGAAUACAAACGUUGUUUAAAAUCUGUACACGAUGGCAAACGUAUUCUAGAUGGGAAAAUUAUGAACCAAUCUUAUUUAUUCAGUAUUCGUUUACAACGACACAUACAACAUGAUCAGUGGUUCAGUCAAAACAUCAGCAUUGAUGAGAGAUUUUUAUUCGUUGAAAAACGAUUACUACAAACGAUUUCAAAUUUCCAAACGGAUGAAUUUCGAAAACAGAAAAAAGAAAAAGUUGCCAAAAAACUUACGAACAAACGCAAAAGAACCGACGAAUUGCAAAAAGAAACCUUGCUCAUCUGUGGUACCGAUCUAGGAGCCAAGCGAAAACGUAAGCCGAAGAUGCGAGACGAUUGA